AAGAAACGAGAGCAGGAAGGGCAGGAAAGGAGGAAGAGAGGGAGGGAGAGGUGAGGAGGCUGCAUUCGGCAGCGAGGAGCAGAAGGGCCCAUAAGCACCGUGCCAGAGGCUUCCAAUGUCCUCCUCAACUUCCACCAGCACCCUGCCCAGCGGCCUGGCCGUCCUGACGACCUUCCCAGAUGUGCUCUUCAUCCCCGAAAUCAUCUUUGGGGGCCUUGUGUGGAUCCUGGUGGCAUCCUCGAAGGUCCCAGAACCCAUGCUGCAGGGCUGGGUGAUGUUUGUCUCCGUGUUCUGCUUCGUCAUGUCCAUCUCCCUCCUGUGCCUCUACAUCUGCGGGGCUCACGGCGGCGGCGGCAGCUGCUGGGUCACCUUGGACGUCAUCUGCCACGAGACAGCAGCGCUGUUCUACCUCAGCGCCGCGGUGCUGGAAGCCUACACGACCUAUUUCCUUGGGCUCCUGUACCCGGGACAGGAGUACAGGGAGAACAUCGCUGCCGUGGUGUUUGCAUUCGUGGCCACCCUGCUUUACGUGAUCCACAAGGUGUUCUCGCUCCUGCGGUGGAAAUCGUCCUGAGAGCCCGAACAGCCCCAGGAACGCCGGCUGCCGUCUCCAGGCUGGGUUUGGGUUUUGUUUUUUUAGUGUAUAGCCUAGAAACAAGCAGCUUUUUAUGUGGGAUCUUGGUGAUGAAGACAAGGAGCGUGCCAGAGAAAGGAAUAUCCUGGCACAAUCUGUUUCCCUUCAGUAUCUUACAGGCUGGGUACAGUUUAAUGCUGGGGCAAAAUUUAAAAAAAAAAAAAAAAAAAAAGCCAUCCAGUUUUAAAAAACAUAGUAUAGUUGGGUUCAAAGGGCUAAAAUAUCCCUGGACUGCACCUUUAUGUGUCCAGGGUUGUUACUGGUACCAGGGGAAAAGUGAACAACAAACACCAAGGAGCACAAAUGUGAAACUGUGUAAUUUUAAUCACUGUGUGCCCAUUUAAGUCUGUUUCCCCCCCCAAAACCGCUGUACAAAUUAAUAUUUUCAUGCAGAUUCUGAAAAUGCCCUCUCUGACUUGCAAUGAGCAAUGGGAACAAUAUUUAACUCUGCUCAGGAGCAAUGUGGAUCACUGCAGCUCCUGAAGGGGUGCUGCUGAAUUCUGAGGCACGACUGUAAGGCCAGGAAUUACCACUGCCCUGGAUCCCCCUGCAAAGCACAACCUGGAAGGGGCCCAGUGGGCUGGAGGAGAAUUCUCUGGGUGAUCAGAAACAAAUCCUCAGUAAGCAGAGGCAAUCAACUCCUGCAUUUGGUGAAUGGCUACUCUCUCACACACUGCCACGGUGUCACUAAUAAAGAUGGGCUUGCUGUGAUGUUGAGGACAGGGGAGUCCUUGCUGCUCUUUUUCCCUUUGCCACACCCAGGCACAGCCCCAGGAGCUCUGCAACCCUGACAGGGCAGAGCCACCACGGGGGCUGUGUGGAGCUCAAUUGCCAGCUGGGGUUAAACCAUGACAAUUAACGAACUGGAAUGGGGUUUAGACCCAGGAAGGGAUGUUUUCAACGUGUCAGAGGUGCCUAAAAAACAGUGGUGCCAAAUUACCUCUUCCAGCUCGUGGGGCAAAGAAUGCUUCCAUUUUAAGUCUGAAGUUCCUGGAGAACAACCAGGACUAGAGGGCAAGAGGGAAAUAAAAGUUGACUUGGA